AUGGUCUUAAUGGCUUCAUUAUCAUCUUUUUCCCACGCCCUUACACUUAACGGCCUCCUAAUAAACGUCGUCCAAGUAACGGGUGUCCUACGUUGUUCCCUUAACGGAAACCUAAACGCUCCUCCACUCUCGCGUGUCACCGUUCACUUAGCAUGCGACGGCACUGACAUAGCCCAAACCGUCACAGACCAAGCCGGAGCAGUCGCCAUCACGAACACACUCCCCUCCGGGAAUAACUUCGAUCUACAAAGAUGUCUCGUUAGGGUUUAUCUUCCGGUAGCCUCCUGCUCAGUCUUCCCGCUCAAUGGUGUCCUCACAGCUCCCCUAAGCCUGGUUCACGUCAUCCCGUCAACUCUAGGAAAUGUAGCCUGUCUGACCAUUGGAUUCGUACGUCUUGGAUGA